CUGUGAAAACCGAUCCUCGAAAAAGGGUUAACCCUGAUUCUCGCAACUUUAGUAAUGUUGCGUUUUAUUCACGGCAACUUAAACGAACAGCAGAGCUGCCAGACGUGACACUACCGACGAUGCAACUCGCGGCGUUCGUGGACCGCGUGGGGGCGGCCAUCGCAGGCCAGGACGGCGAGUCGAUGGCGCAGAUGCUGAACCUGACGGGUGGCUGCGCGAGUGUGGACCUGCGCACGCUGACAGCGCAGCAGGUGGCGCAGAUGUGCCACAAUAAGUUGGCACGCUUCGACGGAUACGCUGAGGUGGUGGCUGGCAUCAUGCAGGCACGCAAGCACCUGGAAUGGCAGAGCUUUGCGGACGCCUACAGUGCGCAGAUCGGCGCCGUCAUUAAGUUCAUGGAGAUGCUCAGGGAGGAGACAAACUGGGUCAUGCCCUUCCUACACGUGCUGUUUGUGGACACACGGCUGUUGGCUACGAGGGCAGACCACGAGGCCUCCGAGAAGGCUGGAGACGAGAUCCACGACAGUCUACGCAGCGCCGAACAGCAUCUGAAGAAAGGUUUUGCUAUGGCAGCCAAUGACCGAGCUCCGCCCGAGCACAACAAGAAGAUGGGCGCGCUCUUUAUCGUGAACCAGCUCUUCAAGAUCUACUUCAAGCUCAACAUGAUCCACUUGUGUCGCAACCUCAUUCGCGCUGUGGAAGGCCCGGCCUUCCCGAAAUUUGAGCUCUUCAACAAGAGCGACAAAGUCACGUACCAAUAUUACGUGGGCCGUAUCUCCAUGUUUGAAGACCAGUACCAGAAGGCGGAGACGUGUCUUGACUACGCGUGGAAGCACUGCCAUUGUGGCAAAACGCGCAACAAACGCAUGAUUCUGCAGUUCCUCGUGCCUGUGAAGCUGCUGCUGGGUAUCAUGCCGUCGCCUAAACUGCUUUCCGACUUUGCAUUGGAAGAGUACACGGGUCUCACGGACGCCAUUCGUGACGGCAAUCUGCACCUUUUCACGGAGUAUCUGGCUCAAUACCAGGACAAGUUCAUCCAGCAAGGCGUGUAUUUAUUGAUCGAGAAACUCCGCCUCUUGGUUCUACGAAAUCUCUUCAAGAAAGUUUAUCUGAUCCAGCAGAGCCACCAGUUGCAAAUGCAAGACUUCCAGUUGGCGUUGAAUGUUGCUACGGGUCACUCGAUGGGCAUGGAUGAGAUCGAGUGUGUCCUCACGAACCUCAUUUUCAAGGGCUACAUCAAGGGCUAUAUGUCGCACACGAAGAAGAUCCUUGUCGUCAGCAAGACACAGCCUUUUCCUCCAAUUGUGAAUGUGUCCAGCUAGGUAUCAGGUGAGAGAGCACGCUCAGGGGUAAUCCUGACUUCUGUGGUAUAACGUAGCCGCAGUUUUCUUUUACUUGUAUCCAGGUUGUUACUAAACCUUUGGGAUUUUUCACUUUUGCACCAUCGUUCGCAUCAUCGCCUCCAGUUCCACUCGACGUACACGUUUGUAUUCCUCGAUGAUCUCCCCGCGAGUUUUACCUGAGGCAUCACCUGAGCCAGACCCGACCAUCUUCAGGAUCGAUGACGCCUUCACCUGCUCACUCGAGGUUGUGGGCUCCGAGCGGCCAGUUGGUUGCGAUCUAGCAAUUGUGUUAACACGGUUUCUCCUGUUUCCAGCGGUGAUCUGUUCAGUUGGGCUGAGACUUUCACUUGGCGGUGAUGGAGUGUAGUGUCUGACAUGUUGCCGUGAUGCAAGGUGCCGGUCAACAGUAAGAUCUGUUCGUGACGAACCUGGCGGGCUCUCCACAAGCACAGGAAGGAUUCGUUUAACAGGCUCAGCUUUCCGUUGAUUAGCAGCCGAAUUGUUCGUCUCUACGUGGUUGUUUAGCUUCUCUUCAUCACGAUCUCCGCUUCCAGAAUCCGGCUGUGUGUCGCGCAAUGGUGGUGGAACCGCUACAAGUUGUCGACGCAGCCUUGUCUCGACAGCCCAGGAUCUGGUAACUGUUGGCCGCACUGCUAUCAAACUCGUUAGGGUGAGCGCAACAGAGAAAACCAGCUCGAUUACAAUUCGAUAGCUACGUACGAGGAUCUCCUGAAUCAACUGCAGCAGCAUCGGGAGGUGCUUUACCAGCACCAGCGUUUUGAGCUUCCAUCUCCUG